CUCGAUGUAUACUAACCCGUGUUUAUUGUGGAAUUUCGUAGUAUCUAUCUAACGUUGAAUUUUGCUUUAUUUUAAUUUUAAGUCAUUAUUAAACUUCUAGGUAAAACUGGUAUUCUGGUUUUUAUAUAACUCGCAAAUUUGAUGAUGUCUUCAGACCAGUACAUAACCAUAUGGAUUCUGAGUUGUCUAGUAUCAAGCAGAGGUGAUUUGAGAGAUUUACCAGGGUUCAAAAUGUUUGAAAGUUGUAUAGAACCGCCAUCAAAGUGUCCAAACCCAAAUAUAACAUUCCAUUUAUAUACAAGGUACACGGACGAUUAUGUGCUAGACUUCACGAAGCCGGAGACCUUGUUGGAAGCUCCUUUUAUACUGCACGCACCCAUCAAGCUGCUCAUACACGGUUACACGGGUCACAAGGACUAUUCGCCAAAUACCGAGCUCAGACCAGCAUACCUCGAAUACCAAAACCUGAACGUGAUAUCGGUGGACUACAAGGAACUAGUGCAACCGCCGUGUUACGUGCAAGCGGUGCACAACGUGCCACUGGUGGGAAAAUGCACCAAGAUGUUGCUGUUGAGGCUGUUCAGAUUGCGACCGGACCUAUACCUGCGCGACUUGCACGUAGUCGGAUUCAGCUUGGGCGCUCAAGUGGCCGGCCACGUCGGGCGGCUGAUGAACAGCACGAUCCAGCGGAUAACCGGUCUAGACCCAGCUUCCCCAUUGUUCGACACAUUCUUACUCAGCAACGAAGUAUUGGACAAAUCAGACGCGCUAUUCGUAGACGUAGUCCACAGCAAUAUAGGCUUCAAGGGCAAAAUUUCACCACUUGGUCACUUGGAUUUUUAUGCCAAUAAUGGUAUCGCACAACCUGGAUGCGGCACUAAUACAUCAUGCAGCCAUGUACGGGCUGUUGAAUAUUUUGCAGAGUCAAUAAAUACCAACAAUCCAUUUUUAGCUGUCAAGUGUAUAAGCUACAUAAUGUACAAAUUAAAAUUUUGUAAAACGUCCGACACGUCGCCAUUAAUAGUCAUGGGUGAACAUGUGGACAGAAACCAAAAAGGAAUUUACUAUUUUAUGACAAACAGUAAAUCACCAUAUUCACAAGGAAUGGAAACAUACGAAAAGAAAAAGAUAACCUCUCCUACAUCGUCAACAUCAGGCUCAUCACAAAUUGACCAAAAUGACAUACCUUAGACUGAGUCAUAAAUACACAAGUUGUCUAAUCAA